CACUUUUCAUCAAAGACUUCCUCCUCUGAACCUGCUGCCUGCCGGCUGCUCUCUCUCGGGUCCUCUCAACCUUGUGGCGGACAAGCAUCAUGGAUCAGUGCGUCAGGACCUCUUACCUCCUCAUCAUCUCUGCUGUUCUCUGGCUGAGACUCGAUACAGGAACGGAGGCCCUCCCUAUGUUGGUUGUGCAGGAGAAGGAGGUCAAGGCAGCUGUGGGAACCUCGGUGAGGCUGAGCUGCCGGUUCCGCUAUGAGGCCCAACCCAACGACGUGCUGUUUGCCAAGUUCUAUAGAGAGUCCCAGGGGGUAAACGCUGGGACAGCCAAUAUCAGCUGCCAGACAGACGGACAGCUUAAGAACUGUGAAAUGUUUUCCAUAAUUAAUGUUACGCUUAAUUUAAGUUCAGCCAAAUUCAUCUGUGAGGUUACGAUCCCAAGACCCGGUGCAUCAGUGGUCAAGUCUGGAAAUGGCACCAUUAUCUUACUGUAUGCCGAGCCCGUGUCGCUAUGGAUACAGCCCCAGGAUUUGGAGGAGGGAAAAGAGGCUGAAUUACAAUGCGACGCCCGUCGUUUCUACCCCGCCAACGUGAUGGUGAGCUGGCUGUGCGGAGAGCGGAGAGCGCCAAAGGAGAGCAUUCACGAUAAUUUCACCACCGAGGCGGACGGCAUCUCCUCCCUGCACAGCCGGUAUAAGUUCACCCCCACGGCAGGAGAAAAUGACACGCCAUGCCUCUGCAAACUUUAUCACCACCUGUGGACACGGGAGAGAGAAGCCUGGGUCAUGCUCAACGUCAGCUACAGCCCAAGAGCCAUUCACGUGACCUCUGACCUGGGUCACAUGACGGACGGCACGCUGCAGCUGGUGGAGGGCUCCCUGCUGAACGUAGCGUGUACUGCGAGCGGGAGACCCCUCCCCAACAUUCAGUGGAUGUGGAGAAACAUGACCAGGAUUUCAUCUGGGAGUAACCUGAUCAUAGACACUGUCACGGAAGAGCACGAAGGGAUGUACUGGUGUGUGGCAAAAAACCAGUAUGGAGAAAGUAAUGCCAGUAUGGUCCUACUGGUAUCUCCGAGAAACACUGACUCCAUUGCACUUUACAUGUUCGGAGCUGUUCUCUUCAUCACGCUGCUGUCUGUCAUUCUCUGGCUCACUACUCGGUGGAGAACUCCGCCGAACCGAGGUCCCGUUCCAAAAAGCACGACUGACGGAGCCGCCACUACAGUACAAGGGCCAGAAUGCGUACGACGCAGUGCACGUGAGGAGCGCGAGAACAUGCAGCUGUUGCAGCCAGAUCAAGACGACGAUGGCGUGUCAGAAGUGCUGUACGCUGAAGUCGACUUGGCUGCGUCUCGACAUCCAAAGGCGGCGCAAGGAGAGCUGGAGGUCUCCAGUGUGAUUAUAUACAGUGAAGUCGCCCUAAGGAAAAUUCAGAGUCAUGUGAACACUGGCGGCCAGAAGGAGGCACUGCAGACCACGUAUGUUCUGGCUGAAUGGCCGUCACGUUGUCCUUCUCCUGCGUCUAUUCCGUCUUCAAGGGCCGCGUCCCCGUCCUUGGUGCCCCCGAGGGACCCCCCACGAUAGCCCAAGAGCAUAACACGAACUCUUAAAUACAGUGAAAUGGAGAAAAUGUGUCAGGCAACGUAAAUGCAUCGCAGGAAGACCGCAAGCCGGCCGUAAUUUCCUCAGAUUAGUGUUGGCUGCUGGUGGGAAACUGCCUUCACAUAGUCGUCUUCGCUCACAGCAAAUGACUUUAGUGUUAGGCCUAGAUUGUUAUGUAGGGCGGACGCUGGCUAGACGUAUGUGCUUUUUGUGGCAAGUUGCGGUGCCCAGAAACAAAGCCAGACCCCAGCACGUCUCCAUGUUAUUCUAUAUAAUGAUUUUUGAGCCAGGGGAAAGGACUAGGGAACUCUAACUCUUCACGAUAGAAACCAGUGAUUUAAUGUCAGUUAUAGUCAUCUUAGAGUGCAAAUGUGUUGUUUCUCUCUCAAAUGCGCAAUGGCAUCAUGGUUAAAGACUGUCAGCACUUUUGUGAUGAUCGCUCCCAGCUGCAGAGUUUAUCGGCUGUGUUAAAUAAAUCAGCGUGUAAUUAUGUAAAUAAGAGAGGACUUAACAAGCCGUUUUACCUGAAUAUCGCUGUAUAUAUCCUUGUAUGUAUCUGUUAUAAACACAAGCUGCAACCGCUCUUUUGACAGACUAAACCCCAGAAUAAACUGGUUUGUUGUAA